AUGGCAUUCCCUGUAGCUCUACCCGACUGGAGCAACCUGGCAGUGCUGCAUACCAAUGCACUGCCAGCCCGAGCUCACUUUUACUCGUACGCAUCCGAGACUGCUGCUCUCACCCAUGACCGGUACCAGUCCGAGUAUCAGAGCCUGAACGGCACCUGGAAAUUCCACUACGCCGCGAGCCCGUUUGAGGCACCCCCCUUUGAGCCAGCAAACACAGCAUCAUGGGCCGACAUCGAGGUGCCGGGCAUGUGGCAACUCCAGGGCUACGGCCAUCCGCACUACACCAACAUCAAGUUCCCGUUCCCCGUCACGCCGCCCAACGUCUCGUACAUCAACCCGACGGGCUCCUACUUUCGCGAGUUUGAGGUGCCGGACGGGUGGGACGGCCAGCAGAUCCGGCUGCGCUUCGAGGGCGUCGACAGCGCGUUCCACGUACAGGUCAACGGCCGACCGGUCGGCUACAGCAGCCUGGGCAGCCGCAACCCGAGCGAGUUCGACGUCACGCCCUACCUCAACGGCGGCGGGGAGACCAACAACGUGUCGGCCAGGGUCUACCAGUGGUCGCACGGCACGUACAUUGAGGAUCAGGACCAGUGGUGGCUGUCUGGCAUCUUCCGGGACGUGUAUCUGAUGCCGUUUGCCGCGUCGUCGUCCAUUGUGGAUUUUCAGGUGCAUCCAGAGCUCGACGCGGCCCUCACCACCGGCACUCUCCGCACCGCGGUCGAGAUACAGGGCGACGACGGGCCUCUCAACAUCAAGCUUCUGGGCCCAGACGGCAGCUCUAAAGUCGGAGAAUGGAACGGUUCCUCGUCGCAGGUCAGCAGUGCCGUCUUCACCGUGACGGGUGACGACCUGCACGUCUGGUCGGCCGAGACGCCCAGCCUGUACACGGCCCUGAUAACCUUCAACGGGCGCACCAUCAGCCAGCGCCUCGGGUUCCGGCGCAUGGAGCGCAGCGCCGACGGGUCGACCUUUUUGGUCAACGGCAGAGCGAUCAAGAUCUACGGCGUGAACCGGCACGAGCACCACCACCUGUACGGCCGGACGGUGCCGUACGCGGCGCUGCGCCACGACCUGCUCGUCAUGAAGCGGCACAACAUCAACACGAUCCGGACGUCGCACCAGCCUCCGCACCCGGACUUUUUCGACCUGGCCGACGAGCUGGGGUUUUACGUCAUUGCCGAGGCGGACCUCGAGUGCCACGGCUUCGGCGACAAGGGCAGCAACGUGCCGGCCGAGUCGUACACCACCGACAACCCCGAGUGGCGAGACGCGUACGUGAACCGCGCCGAGCAGCUGGUGCGGCGACUGAGGAACCACGUGUCCAUCAUCUUCUGGAGCCUGGGCAACGAGUGCUUCAUGGGCCAAAACAUGUUCGCCAUGGCAGAGUGGAUCAGGGCGACCGACCCGACGCGGCUCAUUCACUACGAGCAGGACUACGAGGGCGUCCUGGCUGACGUCCACAGCAGGAUGUACUCAAGUCCGCAGUGGGUUCGGGAGUGGGUUGUCAACAAGACGGACAAACCACUGAUUCUGUGCGAGUACGCCCACGCAAUGGGCAACGGCCCCGGCUCUCUGGUCGACUACAUUGCCGCCUUCAGAUCCAACAUCCGCGCCCAGGGCGGCCUGAUCUGGGAGUGGUCCAACCAUGGGCUCCUAAAGAAAGAGGGUGACCUCGAGUACUAUGCCUACGGCGGAGACUUUGGCGACUUCCCCAACGACGCAGACUUUAUCAUGGAUGGACUGAUGUUGUCGGACCACUCGCCCAUGCCGUCCAUCUUUGAGUACAAAAAGGUGAUCCAACCAGUGAUUGCGGCUUGGGCCGGCGAUGGCUUCGCCUCGGGCCAGAUCGUCAUAACCAACCACUAUGGGUUCGUCGACCUCGGCCAUCUUGAGGCCAGCUGGCACGCAGUUCAAGACGGCAAAAAGACGGAGCCUGUGGUCUUUGAAAUACCCGCCGUGGCAGCGGGGGACAGCGUAACAAUUAGCACGCCGCUUGACGACAACCAGCUGGAAGCCGGGGAAGCCUUCCUCACGCUCGAGUUCCGCCUAGCCAAUGCCACAAACUGGGCAGAAAAGGGCCACCUAGUCGCCUGGGAUCAGCUGUACAUCCCUCCCCAAACACCAGCAACCCACAAACGCCGUAGCAGCAGCAGCAGUAGCAGCAGCAGCAGCAGCAGCCACAGCGCCUACAAGCCCAGGGCGCAGGACAUCAUGAGCCUCAGCCAAGCCGAACCGACAUGCAACGGCACGCACCUGCAAGUAGUUGCGGGUUCGUCGACCUUUGGCUUCGACCUGCUGCGCGGCAACGUCACAUGGACGGUGGACGACAGCCCGUCGGUCCUGCAGCGCGGGCCGGAGCUCUACUUCAUGCGCGGGUCGACGCAAAACGACGAGGCCGGCGGGGGCGACGCGCGCGUAUCCUGGGACCCGGCGCGCGUGUACGAGCUGCACCCCCAGGUGCGCGACGUGCGCUGGCGGCGGGGCGACGACGGCGUCACGACGGUGCACUACCGCAUCCGCGUGGCGCCCAAGGUGUUUGUGUGGGGCAUCGACGCCGACGUCGUCUACACGGUCGACGCGCGAGAGGCGUCGCCGGCGCUGACGGUGCGGGCCAGCGGUGCGUUCCGCAACGACACGGCCGUGGAGAUGGACACGAUCCCGCGCAUCGGGCUGCUCGCGUGGCUGCCCCGGGCCUUUGACGACGUGGCCUGGUUCGGGCGCGGGCCGCACGAGACGUACCGCGACAGCAAGCAGGCGGGGCGGUUCGGGAACUGGAACGCGACCGUGGACGCGCUGUACACGGCCUACGACUACCCGCAGGAGAACGGCAACCACGAGGACACGCGGUGGCUGUCGGUGGGCAGCAGGGGCGACGGCCUGGUGCUGCGGGCCACCAUGACGGGCAGCGACGGCAACGGAAACAGCCGCAACGACGCGCAGGGCGAUCAGACGUUUGCCUUUCACGCGGGGAGGUACAUGCCCGAGGACCUGAACCGCGCCAAACACCCGCACGAGCUCAACAAGCUGGACGUGACGGUGCUGAACCUCGACUACCGUGGCAACGGCUUGGGGUCGGCGACGGUCGGCCCGCGGCCGUUGGAGCAGUACAGGUGCAAGCCGGAGCCGUUUGACUUUACGUUCAGGAUGGAGGUGUUGAGAGAUUGA